AUGGCAAGUAAUGAAACAUUUCCUCAAAUAGCUUAUCCAAUUCGUAUUAUUUUACCUAUUGUUUAUACAUUCAUUACUUUGAUUGCAUUAAUUGGUAAUAUAUUAAACUUUUAUUCAUUAUGUGUUAGUACUGAUCGUUAUGGUCGAAAAAGUAUUCAUGUAUUAAUUUGGAAUUUAAUUACUGAAGGAACAAUUUGGACAUUAAUAUUUUAUAUUGUUAAAAUGGUAUCCUAUGCUGAUUUAGGUGAACAUUUUGCAUUAAAUAAUGGUCAAUGGUUAAAUGAUUCAUGGUGUAAAUCUGAAAUGUAUAUAUUACGUAUAAUGGAUUUUCUUCUUGCUUAUACAAUUGUUUUUUUAUGUAUUGAUCGUUGUGUAAAAAGAAAAAAAUGUUGUUAUGGUCAACGUCGUUUCGUAACUGGUAUUUGUAUAUUAAUAUCAGUAUGGCUUGCUAUUUGUUAUGCAUUAAUUCCAAUAAUAUUUUUUAAUCAACAAUUAAAACCAUUAAAUUAUGGUUCAUAUGAAUGUAUUUAUAAUGAUACACAAAUAAAUCAAUUGACUUGGUUAGAUUUACAACAUAUUCAAGCACCUUAUCGAACAAUAUAUUUACUUGAUUUUAUAUUUGGAAAUGGUUUACCAGUAUUUUUAAUGAUUUUUUUCUUAAUCUUAAGAUUUUUUAUUCAUCGUAAAGCAAAAACAAAUACAUAUAAAAUUGAUGGAAAUAAAAAUUUUGAUGAAACUGAUGUAAAUACAUAUAAACAAUUAGAUUUACAAACAUAUAAUGAUGAACAUCCAAAUUUAAUUAAAAUGGUUAUUUUAUAUGUGAUUAUCUUUAUAUUUUGUCAAUUACCGUAUUAUAUAUAUCGUUUAAUUCGUAUUUAUCAUCCAUCAAUAGAAUUUCAUUUAUAUUCAAUUAAUAUUCUAUAUGCAAUUGAUAUUCCACUUAUUAUUCUUCGUUUAAUAAAUCGUGCUAUAAAUCCUUGGCUUUCAUAUUUUUUAAUGCGUUCAAUACGAGAUUCAUCUAGUCAAGCAUGUUCAUCAUUUUGGUGUUGUGGUUGUUUUCCAUGUUGUCCAAAUCGUUGGUCAUGUUUACAUGAUUGUUCAAUAUGUGUACGAAAUGAAUGGAAUGAUUUAACAGCAAACCACCAAAUGAUAAGAGAAAUUCGUCCAACAGGAAAAACAGUAAAAAAAGAAUUUAUUGAUCCAACCGGAAAAUAUAUUCGACAAACAUAUGAAGAAUAUGUUAGAUAUUAUCAUCGACCACGUUCACAUUUAAGUGAUGCUAAUCCAGCUUUAUUAUUUGCAGGAAAAAAUAUAUCAUCUGGAAAUGAUAAUUUAGCUUAUUUAACAAGUAAUAAUAAGAUUUAUCUCAAUGAACCACGUACUGAAUUAUAA